AUGACCACCAGCUUGGAGGUCACUGUCCACCAGGAGGCUAGUGUCCAGCAGGACCAGAGGCCCACAGGCAACUCCUUACUCUCCCCGGGCCCGCGCACGGCCCGGAGCGAAGGCAGAGCCCCAGCCUGUCUCCGCUGCGCCUACCUCAGAGGCGGUGGCGGCGGGCUCAGCGGCGGCUACGGCGGGGACUGCGGCGCAAGGAACCCAGCGAGCGGCGGGCCGAGGGAGGAGCGCGGGACAGCGGCGGCGCGGACCCGCCCCGACCCUGCGCGCCGGGACCGAGAGCUCCGCCCCAGGGCCCGCCCCGGACACCGCCUAGUCCCCGCCCGGGUCCGGGUUCCGCUGUGCCGCGUGUGCCCGGGCACGGGUGGCGGAGCCGAAGCGAGCUCGUCGUGUGCGUGCGCAGGGACACGCGUGCGGACCGCCCGCGCCAGACGGUCUGCCGGAAAUCCCGUGGGGCCGAAGCAUCCAGGGCGCGGGGCGGCGGAGUGUUCGGGACCAGAUGUACCGCAACAUGAUUUUUCAACGUCGUCUUUGCCAAAUAGCCAGAGCUUGAAGAUAACGUCUAUGAAAGUAGAAAAGGAGGAUGUAAUGCAUAUCAAUUAACUUUUAAAGAGAAAAAUACCCUGCUUGGAAUGAGCAUUAGUGAAUUGGAGUAUAAAGCCGAAUCGUCAUACAAGCCAACCUUUUUAACCAUCUCCCAGCCUGCAGUCCAGGGAGGAGAAGUCAAAACUGAGAGUCUGUGGUCAAGAACCACAAACCGGCCUGGCCAGGCAGCUCGGCGGUUGGAGCGCCAUCCCCAUACGCCAGGGCUGCGGGUGUGCUCUUUGGUGAGAGGACAGAGCAGGAUCAACCAGUGAACGAAUAAACAAGAGGAACAACAAAUUGA